GUUUUGCUUCCCAAAUUACCCUUCAGUCGGUGCCAAAAGGGUGAGCUCAGUCCUCGCGGUUAUACAUUUGUAAAUGUGUGGAUAUAAUAUCGCAUGUACGUAUAUUUGAAUCUCUCUUUCUGAAAUUCGCAAACCACAGCUAAAGUUAAAAUUGAGUAAAAAUGGCGAGGCCCGAUCGAGAAGCCAUUGUUGACACUUUCAUGAGCAUUACCGGCGUUGAUGAAGCCGUCGCUAUUCAGAAACUCGAGGAACAUUUUGGCGACCUCAAUGAAGCUGUUAAUGCACAUUUCAAUGAAGCCGAUACAAGCAUAACUCAAGAGGCAUCUUUUACCUCGAUUCGGGAUCAUGGCAUGGAUAUAGACGAUCCUUUACCAGCCCAGUCGCAUAGACCAACUUCUUCCUUCUUACCCUUUGCUAGAGAUUUCAAUCCUUUCUCCAUGCUUGACCCUAACUGCACAAGAAGUAUAUUUGAUAUUGGUAAUUCUGCAACUCGCUCGCCUUUUGUUUCACAUCCAAGAGAGGUGGAGAUACCAAUUGAGGUGAAAGACGGGAUUGGAGAUUCUAGUGGUGCUCCCACUAUUGAAGAUGUCACUGAAACUGUGCAUCAACCUGGCCCUGUAAUACGUGGAACGGUCAUAAUGGACGAUGAAGAUGAUGAUGUGGCUGACUAUGGCAAUGAUAUAGAAGAAGAAAUGAUACGAGCUGCCAUUGAAGCUUCCAAGCUGGAUGCAUCCAUGUCAAAUCAACUAGAUAGUGAUAUUCUUGAUGUGAGAGAUUCCGCUCCUCAGCCAAUAAAUUCUCUCCCGGAAGAUGAUGAGCUCGCACAUGCUGUUUCCCUGUCAUUGCAGGAAAAUCAGAGACAGUUAGCAGCCAAAGAAGCUUCCCUUCCUCAGGAACCAACAGCAGAUGAUGAGAAUGCUGUUACACUCCUUCUGCGGAUGCCUGAUGGAAAUAAGUGUGAACGAAGGUUUCUUAAGUCAGACAAGUUGCAGUGUCUAUUUGACUUCAUUGACGUUGGCAGAGUGGUCAAACCUGGGAGUUACAGAUUGGUGAGGCAUUAUCCUCGGCGUGUUUUUAGCGAUGAAGAGAGCACAUCAACUCUCCAUGAAUUGGGUCUAACCAGCAAAUACGAAGCCUUGCAUCUGGAGUUGAUAUAGUUCGCAUAUGCUAUCUUUGUUAAACAUGACCACGAUUUUGAAAGCGUAAUUAGUCUGGGGGAUGGGUGGUGGUUCAGGAUCGAUUUUCGUUAUCCGUAUGGGGAUUGGUAUUCUGGAUUGCUUAGAUAUUAGUAUUACGUCAAAAAAAAAUAUCGGAUUCAGUUCUUUUGUAUGAAAUUUGUGAUUAGGUUGUUUAAAUUUACUAUUCAAAUUGUCCGUUUGUGAUUCAUGAAACUAUGAAACUUAAAUGGCUUAUACUGCAUGGGUUUGAUCACGAUUCACAGACCGAUUCAUGGUCAUCGAUUAA